AUGGCUCGCUGUCGAAUCGAAUACGUACUCGGCGACCUAGUUGAUAACUUCUCAGAAGAUCCGCCUGAAUCUAGAGUAGCUAGGGUACGCAAAGAAUUCCUCGAAUAUGGACUCGAGCUCCCGCAUUUACAAGCGAGCGAUGUAACCAGUGCAAAAGCAUUUCUCCGCUGUCUAGCCUUAUGGCGAGGAAAAAGUCCGAGAGAGAAUUCUAUCGAUAAAGCUGCAAAUAACGAAACAGCGAGUGGGCCAGAAAACGCAAUAGCAACAGCUGUGGCGAUUGAAAACUCGUCAGAAAACGAUGAAGUGGCGCGGGAAGAAGCGGGACCGUCUGUUCAGAUUUCUGACCAGCCUGACGAUGACUUUUACGUUCCAGGAGAUGAUGUUCCGAUCGACAAGAUUCUAGGCUUCGAAAAGCUGCAAGAGCUGCCGGUCACAGACGAGAAAGCAAGCAACGAUCAAGAAAUGUCGACGAUCGAGUCCGAGCUUGACGUCGAAGUCGAAAUGAUCGAAAGCCUGGCGGUCGAAAAAUGGGCAGAAGUGGACAAGAAAGAGCUUCGUCGCGUUGGAAGCUUUUCCGACAUGUCAAAAGUCGACAUUCGCUUCAGUUUUCCAGAGCGCGACGUCGACGGCGAACUCCAAAUUGACGAAGAUGCGUUAGAGGAUGGUGAAUUGGUCUCGGAAGACGAAAAGUCGACCAAAUCGGAGAAUGCAAAAGAAGAAGUCCCGAAAGUUGAGCCAUACGCUCCUUUCUACAGAAAGAUUGAGAAGAAUGAAAGUAGACGCUGUAAAACAGCUUUUGAUGAACGAACGACAGUCGAAGAAGAUUUCUACGCUGAGAUUAGAGAAAAACGGAAGAACUUCCGUGAAAUGCAAAGGCUAAAGCACGAACUGCAGGAGUCCAGGAAAAAGGCAGAAGAAGAAAGAAUUCGCCGCGAAAUGGAGGCACAAAACGCAGAAAUCACAGAUUUAACCGGGAGUGAGCCCAACUCGCGGGAUGACUCGCGCCCCUUUUGUAAAGUUCCGCCAACAAAGAUCUUGUUUAACAAGCAACGCAGCAGUAGUUCUUCUUCCAGGUCGCCUAUUACGCACAUUGGGAAGCCGAUCACCAUUCAAGUUCCACGACAAAACGUCAGUCCUAUGCGGGGACUCCACCGUUUCGUCGACCAGAUCUCAAAGCCUGCGCAUAACGAGCCACCAUCCCCGGUUCCCAAGAGCUUCCAUCCGAGCCCGUUUCAUUUCAACCACCGACCGGAGCAGCAUUUUGCUCCGCCCCAUGUCCGCCCCAUCAAAGAAACGCAGUUUAAAGAAACCCCCGAUCAGACGAACAUUCGGCUCAACUUCGACGCGUUCGAAAUCUUACUCAAGGAUCCCUUCCGCUUCCACAACAUUGAAUUUGGCGAUUCUAGAUGUCAUCUGUUCAAGAAAGCGAACGAUUCUGAUGCCGAUCUGUAUCCAAGUGCGGAAUUCUUCACCGCAAGAUUUCAAGGAUUUGAUCAUAAGUUCUGCAGACUGGUGAUAAACUACUUGGAAGAUUGCACCCUCCCGAAUUCUUGCUAUAGAAGAGACUGCUCCAUCCAUGUCUGGAAACAAUACGAAAUCGAGCACUGCAUUCCCUAUAAGAGAAAGUCGCAAAUCGACUAUCGAAUCUCCCGCAGCGCCGGUCACAAUCACCCGGUGAAAGUUGGCACGACGACAGAAGUCACCAUCUCGGCGAGCGACGUGUUCAACUUCAACGGGUACGUCGCCAAGCACAUGCCAAACACGGACACGAGUGAUUGUGUCAAAACGAUUCUUGGUCGCCCAGUUCCGCUGAUCAUUAUUCACGCGCUCGUUUCCCUCCGCGGGGCCAUCAAAUCGGCGAGCAUCGAAGACUGGCGUGAGAUCGCUUUGGAAUUGGACAUUAUUCAGCCUUGGCCUACUCCCUUCGGGGGCAAGACUUUCGCCAUGCAGAUGAUCGACGGAGUCAAGCACUUCACGAGAGAGGAGUACUCCAAUCUUCUAGGCCACGUCGUCCGGGAACUCUCCCAGUACUACUCGCACUUCCAGCCGCUGUGCAAGACGAUAACGCUGAACCAGACUGAAACGACGAAAAAGCAUCCAAUGCAAUCAGGGAUCGGCAACGAGGCGCAGUUCGCAAAGCGUCAGCGUCUAUAG